UGGGCGGUGACAUCCUACUGUGCGGUGGAACUCAAUCGACUACUAGAUUAGACGAUAGACGACAUUAAUACUUAACAUGGCGGUCCGAAUGAUCUUUCAGGGACCAUAGAACACGCUGUAAUAGCAGCAUUAAGGAGCUUCAAAGAAGCAAGUCUAUCACCUUCGACAUCUAGAGAGACUUCAACGCCAAUCUGACCAGUAAAUGUUCUUUUAAAAUGUACUUAAGGAAGGGGAACACAGGACACAUCUGUAAAGUGGACAUUGACAUCUCAAGAUCAAAGUUUGUGCCUUUGACAAAUGAUGAAUUGGAUUCUACAAUUUCAGAAAUUAAAGCACAGCAUCCUCACUUGGGAGAGGUGAUGCUUAAUGGCCAUCUGCAUUCAAGAGGCAUUGUGGUGCAGAGGCAUCGCUUGCGGGAGUCAUUUCGAAGGGUAGAUGCAACUGGAGUUGAAUUGAGAAGAACAGGAGCAAUAACUCGAUGUGUGUAUAAUGUACCAUGCCCAAAUUUCAUCUGGCAUAUUGACGGUAAUCACAAACUGAUCCGAUGGAAACUUGUUGUUCGUGCUGCAAUGGAUGGUUACAGCAGGAUGGUCACAUUUCUACGUUGCUCUGAUAAUAAUAAGGCAGAAAGUGUUCAAGACCUUUUCAGCACUGCAGUAACACAGUUUGGUAGACCACUACAUAUCAGAACUGAUCUUGGCACUGAGAAUGCUCAGAUUUGGGCAGAUAUGUAUCAAAAUAGAGGGGAACCUGCAGUAUUAACAGGAAGCUCUGUACAUAAUCAGAGAAUUGAACGUUUCAACCGUGACCUCAACAGGAACUGCAGUCAUGUCUAUGCCCCAGUUUUUUAUGAACUGGAGAUGAUGCAUGUGCUGGAUGUAGAAAACAAAACAGACUUAUUUGCGCUUCAUUGUGUGUAUUAUGUUCCUAGAAUAAACCGAACAUUGGAAGAGUUCAAAGAAGGAUUUAACAACCAUUCCAUUUCGUCAGAGGGAAACAAGACUCCUCUUCAGCUUUACACAUUAGACAGACACCUGCUUUACCUUCAUCACCCUGAAUCUGCCUUUGAGAAGAACAGUGACAGUGGACGGAGCAGAGUGGAUCCACCACAAUCAUUUUUACCACAACAUGAUUCCUUUUGUCUGAGUAGACCAGAUUUAAAGGAGCUUUUGGACACGAUAAACCCUCUUGAAAAUGAUAACAACAAUGGAAAAACCAUCUUUCAGAGAGUACAGCAAUUUAUAUUUCAUAAAAAUGUAAACAAGUAAUUUUGUCUUUGAAAAUUCAGUGUUUUGGGUUGAAAAUAUUUAACUUAUAUUAAAUAUUUAAGGUUUGUGAAUAACAAGUUAACAUUUUCUUCCUGUGACUUAAUUGCAUAGUACCGAAUACAGCUCAGCUCAAUAGAGCAUUUAGUUCAUUAAAUGUA